AUGUCCAUGCUCUGCUCUCCGGUCAUUACUUGUGUUUAUGUUCGCGAACUACCGGACGUUGACAAAUUCGUGACUUCCUUUAGUACACACUACCAAAUCAUCGGAUAUAUAGUGCUCCUAGUUUACAAGGCAGUUUCCUUCACGAAGUUUGGUUUACUUCACAUAGUACGCUCGGAACAAUUUGAAAUGUACGCUCCUAACAAACGUCUUCGACGUCAGAGAGGAAAGGAUUUGGUUUUUAGUGACAAAACUGAAAAUCCCUGUGAUGAAACAGGCCCAAUCAUCCUUCUCAACACGGUUACGAACCACAUUGGCAAGCCGGCCUCCCUUUUGAAAGAGAUUGCCUUUGUUGCGGUAGUUUGCUGUGCUCAACUGAUGACACAGGCCGGUUUGGCGCAAGCUAUUGCACCCUUGGACAUUAUCGGCGACAGCUUUGGAAUCCAAAGCCCUGGAGAGCUAAGCUGGUUUGCGGCAGGAUAUUCCCUGACGGUCGGAACCUUCAUUCUAAUUGCAGGCAGAUUGGGUGACCUAUAUGGCCACAAAAAAUUGUUUGUCCUGGGGUUUUUAUGGUACUCACUCUGGUCUCUCUUGGCAGGUUUUAGUGUAUACUCUAACCGGAUAUUUUUCGACUGCUGUCGUGCAUUUCAAGGCUUGGGACCGGCCCUACUGUUGCCUAAUGCACUAGCCAUUUUUGGACGAAUUUACGAGCCGGGCCGUCGCAAGAACUUCAUAUUUAGCCUCUUUGGGGCAACCGCCCCAAGUGGCUUUGUUUUGGGAGCCACUUUCUCUUCCAUAUUCAGCCAGUUGCUGUGGUGGCCAUGGAGUUACUGGGUAAUGAGUAUUGCGUGUUUAGCUCUGGCCAUAAGCGGCAUCGUCGUCAUCCCCCACACACCGUCCCCUAACAAGGUGACCUCCGUGGUCAAGCAGAUUGACCUUAUGGGUGGGGUCACAGGAGUUAUUGGACUGAUCUUGGUGAAUUUUGCCUGGAAUCAGGGACCUGUCGUGGGAUGGCCCACCCCGUACACUUAUGUGUUAUUAAUCGUGGGUAUUCUUUUUCUCGUGCUAUUUGCAUUCAUUGAAUCCAGGGCUGAGUACCCACUGGUCCCCCUGCAGGCGUUAUCGAGAGAUUCUAUAUUUGUGCUUGCAUGUGUUGGUACUGGAUGGUCUAGUUUUGGAAUUUGGCUUUUCUAUUUGUGGAGGUUCUUGCAAGGUUUAAGAGGAGUGACGCCACUUUUGGCCAGCGCUCAGGUCGCUCCAGUGGCAAUCAGUGGCCUGUGUGCUGCCAUCACCACCGGCCAUGCCCUUGCCCACUAUCCCCCAAGUUCCAUCAUGCUAUUUGCAAUGACGGCUUUCACUGUUGGAUGCAUCUUGAUUUGCACAGCCCCAGUUCACCAAAGCUACUGGGCUCAGACCUUUGUGUCUAUUAUCGUGAUGCCCUGGGGCAUGGACAUGUCAUUCCCAGCGGCAACGAUUAUGUUGAGCAAUUGUAUGCCCCAUGAGCAUCAAGGGCUUGCUGCUUCCCUGGUUAAUACAAUGGUCAAUUACUCUAUUUCCCUCGGGCUAGGCUUUGCGGGAACAAUCGAAUCGCGAGUGAAUGAUGGUGGGCAGGAUGUGUUGAGCGGCUAUCGUGGUGCUUGGUACAUGGGCGUUGGGCUGAGCGGAUUGGGAGUUUGCGUCGCAGCAGCCUACGCUCUGCACACCCUGCACCAGCACAAGGGACGCAACUUUAAAGUUUAA